ACUUUCUUUUUGUUUUUUUGGCUGCCAAUCAAAAAAAAAAACUGAAAAAAGAACUUUUUCCAGCCUGACAUAUAUACAAUCAAUAAAUUAAUCGAUUGGGAACCACCAAAGAAUUCUUUGAUGCCACAAUUAUUACCACACACACCAUCAUUUGAUCGGUUGUUUAUACGACGAUGAUCAAUUUCGGUCUGGUUGGUUGGUUUGAUGUAUGGCAAUUGGCUGGCUAUAUCAAUGGUGUAUUCAUUUCAUUCGAUUCAUUGAUGAUUCGAAUGUUUUCUAUGAUUGGUUAGCGAAAAUGCAAUCAUCAUCAUUCAGGAUUUGGUCAAUUGUCAUCAUCUGUUGCUGGUGGUGGUCAUUGAUUGGAUGGCCCAUACAAAUUUGCCAAUGUUCAUCAGAUAUAUUGAAAAUUAGUGAAAUGGUACGGCAAAUGGUAAACAAACGACAUUAUAAUAAAGAUAUUCGACCAGAUUAUGGUAGUGGUGGACCAUUAAUUGUUAAUGUUACUAUCGCUAUACAUGAUAUUUAUGAUAUAUCGGAUGUAAAUAUGGAUUUCACUAUCGAUCUUCAUUUUCGUCAAUAUUGGCGUGAUUCAAGACUUAUGUUCGAACCGAUCUCAAAUAUAACUCGUUUGUUUAUGGGUGGUGAUUUUUAUGAAUUAAUCUGGCUUCCUGAUACAUUCUUUUUAAAUGGAAAAUCCUUGCAGACUCAUCAAUCAACAGCAUCCACGAGAUCCAAUACAUUGAUUGAAUUGUCUCAUAAUGGAUCAAUAUUGUAUAGUACACGUAUGACCGUUGUGGCCAGUUGUCCAAUGGAUCUUUCUUAUUUUCCGGCUGAUCGACAACGUUGUCAGCUGAAUUUUGGUAGCUAUGGCUACACUAUCGACGAUAUUAUUUAUAAAUGGACACCGGGUAAAAUUUUACUUGAAGAUCGCAAUUUGGCCACUUUUACUGUUUCUGGACUGAAUAAUAGUCACCAGAUUCGUCAUAAUGAUGUUGGAUCAUUUAGUCAUCUGAUUCUCUAUAUCGAUAUUGAAAGAUCCACUGGUUAUUAUUUGUAUCAAACAUUUAUACCGGCAUUUCUUAUCGUUCUCAUUUCAUGGAUACCAUUCUGGUUGGGUCAUGAUGAUCACGUCGAACGUGUUGCUAUUGGUGUGACAACGGUGUUGACAAUUACUACUUUGAUAACAAGCACGAUGGAAUCGUUGCCGAAAAUUUCUUACGUAAAAGCAUUAGAUAUUUAUCUUUUUGUUUGUUUCAUCAUGGUAUUCAUAUCACUAAUUGAAUAUGCUAUUGUCGGUUAUUAUGAACAUUCACGUCGUAUACGUUUUAUACAUCAAUGUUUAUGUUUGAAACCUAUUGCUACUGGUCAACAGCCAACGAAUGAACCGAAUCACCAUCAGCAGCAUAAUAAUAUUCUGGAAUCACGAUUAUUUAUGGAUCAAACAUCAUCGAUUGAUUAUUAUUCACGUUGGUUAUUUCCAAUCAUUUUUGCAUUGUUCAAUGCAAUUUAUAUAUGGUUUAUAUUUAGUGUUAAAGAAUUUUAUCAUCAUGAUAUUUAAAUUAUCAAUAAAUUUCAAAAAUUUGACAUUUUA